AUGACACCUGCGCUAGAAAUUUCUCGCUCAACGCUCAUGCAUGCUUCCCUUGCCUAUUUAUCCGAUGAGCUCCGUACCAUGGACUCCAUUAUCAGCUCUCACAAUGCUUGCAGUCUUCCACUCGAACUCUUAUUGAUCAUCCGCGCACAACUCCUCAUCCAAGUCACGGAUCAUCUAAUCUUCCGUUCAUCGUCCGCUCUGCAGCGGUACGAAACGUCUCUCCAAUAUAUGCUAUGUCCUGAAUGCAUAGCGUAUAAUCAGGACGUAUACGGGAAUGAUAUCUGGGGAUGGGAACAGUUCUUAGGUGCCUGUGCCUGUUUUACUGCCAAAAAUCCUUCUAUCUCCUCCCCGAUCUUGCUACGGAGAAUGAACCCCCACUUGUCGAAUUAUUCCAGUCUAUCCCCUCCUAAACUAAAUCCAAAGAAAUUCACCAAUCGUCAUCAUUGGCUCGAAUUCUAUCUUUCGAUGAAGGCUCGACGCCUUAUUCGUCGUCGUACCUUGGAAGGAACUGUAAUUCAAAUUGGUGACUACGAAAGAGUCAUAUGGGACCUUGUGUCAAACGUUUUAGAAGGCUACGGAUGUCAAAGCAUUCGUGCUCAUCGCGCAGGAGCGGCUAGAAGUUUUGCGCUGUCUUCCGAAGGAUAUCCAUCUUGCCUUGUUGUUCCUGUUGCCCAGGAACACUUUAUGAGUGUCGCAAAAGAGGAUUGCACUACUCUGAAGCGAGUCGAACGUGAUCUCGCGUUGUCGGUGGAAUAUAAUGUUCCCCAGACUUCCGAUCUAAUUUCGAAACUCUCCCGAACUGGAAGAUUUUCAUUUGGGCUCGAUACCACUUCUGAUCGUCGCUCCUCAGUAAUGCCCAAUAGCAAGCUCGCACUGCUUAAGGUCGUGAACUCGCUUCAAAUCAUAUUUCUGACCGCAUUAUCGAUCCCCUUAUCAGUAGUCACUUUGGCUCUGACGAUUCUUUGCUUUUAUUCUAGACCAUGGGCUUUUAGAAUACUAUGA